UCUGAUAUUGUUCUCUUCUGCCCUGUAAACAUCAUGUGGAUCACAAGCGAUCAGGGUAACAUGUGUGAUUUCAAAAUGGCCCAGGGAAAAGUACUAAAAAUCUAACUGAUUUUCUGAAUCUAAAAUCUAACCGACUUUCUGAAAUCUACCACUAAUCUGAUCUUCCCAUACAUAAUGCCUAUGCAUAUGAUUUCCCGUUCCUUAUUGGAUCAUACUGAUGCGCCCUUUAUAUGGACAGUAAAUGCUAUAAUGUUGUUUUUAUUCCUGUUUUCUACAGCACAUGCUUGAUCUGUUAGGUGUCAAUCCCAGGCCUCUGCAGGUUAUGUGCUGAGUGUCGUAGGUUAAUCUGAUUGUUGUUUUCGUGAGUGGUUAUCUGGUCUUGUGUUCUUGACUGUUAAGCACUUUACCGAGUUUUACCAUGGUCUCCUCUUUCUCGUUCGUCUCUCUUUUGUGUCGUGUUUUCUGUUGUUUUAUUUGCCUGGUGCCUUUUAUUCAGCGCUUCCUGCUUUUUGUUGAUAUUUUGGAAUGCAGUAGCCAUUUAGGUGUAUUGUUGAUGUAAUGGUUCCUGUCUUCGGUUUAGCUUUUGUUAUGCUCUCUGCCUUUAGAGUUUGUUGUUGCCUCCUAAAGGCCGGUCCCUAUAGUUGUUACAUAUAAACGACUGUUAAGGAAGACUCACCAAGUUGGUUAUACGGCUGAUGCAUUAUCAAGGUUAAGUGGUUAACUAAAUGUUUAUUAGUAGCUCGUGUUCCCAUAAACAUUCCUUUCCCUAUGAGGAAGUUCUUUGGGGUUUCUUUGUUUUAAAUUUUUAAUCGGACUCACUUCGUGUUUUUACCUUGUAUUCCUGGAUCUGCCAUAUAUUUGUUUGUUGAUUUUUUCCCCAGUUUGUGUGUUUGGGUUUUCGUUAUUUGAUGAUCGGAUCAAAUCAAGUUUUGUGUAUAAAAUUUCAUGGGGUUCUUGUGUGAUUUUGUCUUAAACAGCUGUCAUUAGUGCCUUCCUACAGAUUUAUUACACAAAUUAAUUACAUUAGAUUAAUGUUAUGUAUUUUUGCUUUGCAUUAAUCAGGGUACUUACUGACCUGCUUGGCUAAUUACAGUGUUGUAUAUUUGUGGCUCUUGUCUUUUUUUUUUUCUUUUCUUUUACCUUAAUCAGUGUUCAUCAGUAAUUAAUUACAUUAGAUUAAUGUUAUGUAUUGUCUGGUAGCAAGAAACUAAUCCUAAUUUUUUGCUGAUCAUUUUCUUGACGUGCAGGAGAUUGUGGAGAAGCGAAAGGAAAGAUCUAAGGUAGUCUACGAGAGGAAGAAGCAAUUCAUCAAAUAGAAGGUGAAGGCUGAGAAGGUUGUCGAGGAGAAGCUUGGAUCUCAGCUAGAAAUUCUUGCCCCAAUCAAGUACUGAAGGAUCUUGAAUAGUCGAUCAAAUGUUACAUCACGAGUCUGCCUCAAUCAGGUGCAUAUGCAGUAUGUUGUAUGCACCUCUGCUUCGCUCAAAUAACUUCCUAAGUCUUUUUUGUCGUUCUGCGUAAACGAUGAUGGUGUCUUUGCAAUGAAGGGUUUUACCUUUGUUCUAGGUUGCUGAGGUCCUGAGUUGUCUGCUUCAAGUUAUAUGAAAUGCACCGAAAAGGUAAAAGAAGUAGCUUUUGUAUUUGUUCUGCAUUUUUCUCUUUCAGUACAGUACUCUGUAUACGGUAGGAACUUUAGGUUUGGUCUUUUGGUGCUAGCUUUCGUGUAGCGAACCCUUUCCCAAGCUAACCUGCUAACCUAACCUAUUAGCUCAAUUGGUAGAGCAUUAUGCAAAUGUGUAAAAAUGUUGGUUCGAAUCCUACGUGGUUGGUCAAUCCGGGAUGGAAAAAGAACCAUUGCAGUCUCUAGGUUGGUCAUCCAGACUAUUUUUAUAGUUCAAGAAUUAAGAUUUUGUUGAAUAUCAAGGCUAUUUGGUUAUAAACAAUGGAAUAUAAACAGUACAAGAUGUAAUAGUUGUGUAGAAGAGUAUACAUUAUAGCUAGAGGCCACAUAUGUACUCAUGCCUCCAUAUCCAAAAUUCAUUAUAUAAAAUAGGUGGGUACAUUAACUUCUCAUUUAAUAACCAAUUUAAUAACCAAAUAAUAGGUUAAUUAAUCCUAACAUAUCUAAAAGCAUAGAGUUCCUCUUCACCUUUACUCAUUCGUCUCUAAAUUAUUCUUCCUAACACUAACCUAACCUGCACCUUUACUCAUUCGUCUCUAGAUCAUGCUUCCUCUCUGCUAUCCAUAAACCCUGUCUUGUUUAUUGUGCUAAGGCUAAUAUUUGGAUAGCAGCUUCUCAUGUUUUGUUCUCCUAAAUAUAUGCACAAAUUCUUACUUAAAAAUGUUGUACACCGGAUUAAAAGUAACUCAAAAUGCUUAAAAGUUAUCCGUAUGAUAAAAAUUUUCAUUUUAAUAAAAAAUAUUUAUUCAAAUUCACUAAUAAUGUAUAAUAGUAAUCAUUUAACCCUUUACAAUGUUUAUCUAUCAAGUUUUUAAUUGAUAAUAUAAAAGUUAAUCGAAACUAGGUUAAAGUUACAAAAAACCAGGUUAAAGUUACAAAAAACAGGGUAAAAGUUAUCUUGGUGUACGAUAAAUUUAUUGUACACCUUGUGCGCGCAAGGCCUUUUGAAAUAUAUGUAUCCAAGCACACCAUGGUGGGUGGACCUGAUUAGAUUGGUGAUUUUGGGUGUAGGUUUAGUGCAGAGUAUAACUCACAUGGGAUUUGUUACCAAAGGAGUUCCUAAAGCAAGUUCUUUUGGUUAAUUUCAAUUAAAUGUGUAAUUUAUGAGAGUCUAAUGAAGCUUUCCACAUUAUUCAAGGCAUUUCCACAUUGUUAACAUGAACAUGCUUAUUUGCAUCUUGAACUCCUAAUCAAACUAGAAUUAAUAGAGAUUGAGUCGUUAAAACAAAGUUGUGGCAAGCUGCAAGGGAUAUUUGCAUAAUAUGUUCAUGUUAUUCUGGAUACUACAUACUUAUCGCCUUUUAUUACAUGCUGAUGUAAAAGAAUUUGACCCCGUGCAUGAGCUUCUACGCACCAAUCAUGUUCUGAUGAAGGUUUGGACCAAUGAUGUAUCUCUCUAAGUGCAAUGUCUUGCAAUGGUGCCUCAAACAAGUGGUCUUGGAGCAUGACUUCCCCAUUUUCUUCCUCCUUUUAUCCAUCGUGUUCAUUGCAAGCUCCAUGUGUAAAGUGGUUGUGUGUUUAAUGGCUAUGUGUGUAUGCCUUUUGCUAGCAAAUUUUAGUUAUGUUGCAUUGCUACCAAGAAAUUACUAUCAUUGUUAUUGUAAUUGGAUGUUCCUAGAAAAUACAUGUACAUCUUUUGAUUUGUUAUUUUGUGUUUGAACUAUUAUGACACCUACAUUAUAACUCUAUUUAUAGAUUUGUAUUGUCUACUUCUAUUUAAAUCUAACUUUAGCCUAGCAAUUCUAGCAUUUACCAUCUUCCUUGACCAAAUUGUAAGUGUAUGUGUUUUACCAAACAUUUUUACAAGACAUAUUUCUAUAUCUUGGGGGACUGUGUACGCUAGGAAUUUUGCUGGUCCAGGCUGGUCCGGUCCAAAGUUUUAAAAUUUUCGACAGACUUUGGGCAACGUAAAACUACACUUUUAGUUAUGUGUCCGAUCCGAAAAUUGCCCAAAAAUCCGGUAUUUUAGGUCCGAAAAAGCGGGUUUGGACGUAAAAAAUCGGUCUAAAUCUUAUCCUGGUCCGACACAAUGGGCUGAUUUUAUGUUACUACCUGGGUCGAACCCGGCCAGGCCCGCCUUUUGAUCGGGUCUAUGACUCCGGUCCGAAUCGAUCCGGUGAACACCCAUGGCCGAGUGUAUCAUCCAAUUCGCGGUACAACUUAUGAGACAAUGUUUGUUUGGGAUUCUGGAUAAAGAAUUAAAGAUGCCAAUUUCAUGGAUGAACAACACUCUCACCUUCAUCUCUCUCAUCAGAAAAUCUCAGAUUCAAAUAUCAAAAGGGUAUGCCGGUACCAUCAUUUUAAUUAUCGAAGCUCGAAUUAAAUCAAUUCAAUUACUUUUAAAACCUCAAUUUCUCGAAUGCAACCAUGGGAACAUUUGAAGCAGAAACCUUCAUCCCGAAGAAUCAGAGGCAACCCCAUUGCAGCUACAGCACGGUGAACCAGAAUCCAUCACCAAUUAUAUGCAUCCAAUUUUUACCCGAAUUGCGAGGAGGAGUUGAGGAUGCAGUGAUGUAAUGAAGCUUCUGUUUGAGAGUGAAUUUUGGAUGUCUUUGCUAUGUUUAUACCCUUAUAUGCAUUGUUCUCCGAAAGAAACUUUUCACAUUUUAAAUUCCUCAACCGUUAUGAACUUGCACAAUUGAUGUUACCCUCUAUGUGGUUAUUUCUUUGUUGUGUAUAUGAGCGAGUACGUUGUCUUUUUGUUAUAGUGAACUCCAUUUUCAUUCAUUUCUUUACUUGUCAAUUUAGCAGAUAAGGAUUAUUGUACAAACAUAUCAAAACAUGGGCUCAGUCUUCGUGGGACAAGGUGGCUUUUUGGGUCAAGAGAUAACUUAGGUGCACUAGUGCACUACAACGGAGUAUCUGAUUGCAAAGUUUGAUCAUUUGUUGGUGCGCAUACUGUACAGCCAAGUUUCCCAACACUUAAUUGUACAAGUAUUGUCUAUACACGGAGUUCAAAAUAGGCAUGAUAAAAGAACAUUUUCGCGGAGUCAGGAGUCAGGAGAGGGAAGUGAAGUUUUUACAGAGACAGAACAGCACAGAAGGGAACAAAUGAACAAUCAGAUAAGUAGCUGGGAACAAUGAAACAGACAGAUUAGCAUUGCUUCAAAUCAAAUCCAGAAUAACAGUCGACCCACUUGGUGUUAUGAGCUCAUGGAACGACACCCUUCACUUUUGCGAGUGGUACGGUGUUACUUGUGGCCGUAGGCACCAGAGAGUGACGAUACUUGACCUGCAUUCCUCAAAACUGACAGGUAUCAUUUCUCCUCAUCUUGGUAACUUGAGCUUUCUCAGGGUGUUAUACCUUCAAAAUAACAGUUUUGGUGGCACAAUUCCUCUUCAAAUCAAUCGUUUGCACAGGUUACAAACUCUAGACCUGUAUAAUAAUUCCAUUACAGGGGAAAUUCCGUCAAAUAUAUCAAGUAAUUGCUAUAGCCUUAUUGUUAUAAAUCUUUCUAAUAACAUGUUGGUGGGAGAAAUUCCACCCAUGUUUGGUUCGCUGACAUAUUUGCAACAACUUACUCUAACAGAUAACAACUUUAUCGGUAACAUUCCUUCAUCUUUUGGGAACUUAUCAUCUCUGACAAUACUCUCCCUUGCUAGAAACAACUUGGUUGGAAGUAUCCCUGAUAGUUUGGGGAAACUGAGUAAUAUGACCGUAUUACACUUAAAUAGCAAUAAGUUUUCAGGAGUAGUCCCACUCUCAAUCUUUAACCUCUCUUUACUAAAAGAUUUAGAUUUAGGAAUGAAUGUUUUUGAAGGAAACCUCCCUUCAGAUUUAGGAAACACACUUCCAAAACUUCAGUCGUUCUCUGUAUAUUGGAAUCGGUUCAGUGGACAAAUUCCAGCAUCAAUAUCCAAUUUUUCAAACCUAGAAGUUAUUCAGUUGAAUGGGAACAAUCUUCAAGGACAAGUUCCUUCUUUGCACAAGUUAACAAGGCUUACUUGGCUUAUCCUAGGCACUAACUCCCUUGGGUAUGGCCAAGCUCAAGAUUUGAACUUUGUUUUUUCCUUGGCUAACGCCACCAAUUUGCAAUUCCUUGAGAUAGGUAGAAACAAAUUCAAAGGAGUUUUCCCUAAAAUUUUCUGCAACUUUUCUUCUCUUACCGCUCUGACACUAUACAAUAACAACAUACAUGGAGAAAUUCCAGUUUGCAUUGAAAAUGUAGCAACAUUGCAAUUCCUUGAUGCUAGUAACAAUGCACUUUCUGGCGUCAUUCCCCGAGGCAUAGGGAAGCUCCAAAACCUUCAGAAGUUAUUUCUAGAUGGAAACCAAUUAUCCGGGUUCAUUCCAACCUCAAUUGGAAACUUAACUAAGAUUUCUGUUUUAACGCUUUCAAACAAUGGAUUACAAGGCCAAAUACCCUCAUCUCUUGGAAACUGUAUAUCGUUAAAUCAACUACAUCUUUCUAACAACGGUCUUACCAAAAACAUACCCCCACGACUAUUUAAUCUACCUGUCUUGUCUAUCCUACUCGAUUUAUCUGAAAACUACCUAACUGGGUCUCUGCCUGAAGAAGUUGGGAGACUGACUAAUCUUGACUACCUUGAUAUCUCUGGAAACUUGUUAACGGGUGAGAUACCAAGCUCUCUUGGUGGUUGUGUGUCUCUAGAGUUCUUAUACAUGGAGGGAAACAAUUUCCAAGGCACCAUUCCUGAUUCAUUGCAGGCAUUAAAGGGUCUCCUUGAAUUAAAUUUGCCAUACAACAAUUUAUCUGGAAGAAUCCCAACUUUUUUACAGAGCUUCAAGUUGCAAAGCCUAGAUUUAUCCAACAAUAACCUUGAAGGUGAAGUACCUUAUGAUGGAGUCUUUAGUAAUGCAAGUGCUGUUUACAUAAGAGGAAACACUAGGCUUUGUGGAGGAAUACCUGGGUUAAAGUUACCCAGAUGCAGCUUAAGCAGCAACACCCACAAAAGAAAAAAAUUGAUAGUUGCAAUUCUUUCUGGGUGUUCUGGAGUUAUACUGCUACUGGUUGUUCUUGUGUUAUUAUAUACUUUCAGACACAGAAAGAGGACUAAGAAACCCACAUCUUCAGAUGAUUCAGAAAAUUUUCCAAAUUUGUCUUACCAAACACUUCUUAAAGCCACAAAUGGGUUCUCCUCUGAAUGUUUGAUUGGCAGUGGUACAUUUGGUGUUGUGUACAAGGGGGUGCUUGAUGACUAUGAUGAGGAUGAAUCUAUUGUUGCCAUCAAGGUGUUUAAUCUUCAAAAUCAUGGUGCUACCAAGAGUUUUAUGGCUGAAUGUGGAGUCCUCCGUGGCAUCCGGCACCGAAAUCUUCUCAAAGUUGUAACUGCUUGCUCAAGUGUGGAUUAUCAAGGCAGAGAUUUCAAGGCUUUAGUUUAUGAGUACAUGGUGAAUGGGAGUUUGGAUGAUUGGUUGCAUCCUGCAUAUUCAAUCGAGAAGUCAAAUAGUAUAUCAAGGCUUUUAAAUCUUCGCCAAAGACUUGAUAUAGCAGUUGAUGUUGCAUUUGCAUUGGAUUAUCUACACUACCAUUGUGCUGCCUCCAUAGUUCAUUGUGACCUCAAGCCUAGCAAUAUUCUUCUUGAUGAUGAAAUGGUAGCACAUGUGGGUGACUUUGGCCUAGCAAAGUUCCUAUUGAAAGGCAUCAGUGGCGACUCCAACUCCAAUUAUUCUAGCUCUGUUGGAGUGAGAGGUACAAUCGGUUAUGCUCCUCCAGAGUAUGGUAUGGGGAAUGAGGUGUCUACCAGCGGCGAUGUCUAUAGUUUUGGGAUCCUAUUAUUGGAAAUGAUUACAAGAAAGAGGCCUACUAAUGACAUGUUCAAUGGAGGGCUAAGCUUACAUGGCUUCGUCAAAGAAGCUCUACCUGGAAAUGUAAUGGAGAUUCUAGAUCAUGUACUUCUUGAAGAAGACAUAGACAGUGAGGAGACGGAUAGCAACUUAAUGUUGGAGGCACUGAUUUCUAUACUUGGAGUAGCACUAUCCUGCUCAACUGAGUUCCCACGAGAAAGGUUGGACAUGAGUGAUGUUUCUGCAAAACUAUCAUCAAUCAGAAACAAGCUCCUUGGAACUUGUUUACAACAACGGGGGAGAAUUCAAGCAGGACACCAAACAGAGUUGUGUUGUAAGAAUCCACUGGUUGGCACACGAAAGAGUUACUAUAUUGAUCCUCCAUGAACUAUUCUGGUGCAAUGAGAGGAGUAUUUGGAGUGUUGUUGAAGUCGGUGACACAAGACUGAUUUCUUGAUAAUUCAUUAGAGGAAUUGGAACAUGAGGUGGGUGUUCUUAGGCUCAAGUUCACCGUCAAUAGAUGUAUACUUCCUCUUGCGAUUGCUAGCCGCGUUCGUCGCCAUUGUUGAUGAUGGAAUGAACUUGAAGACGAAAUCGAUUGAAAAAACGUAUGAAAAAACGAUUGAAGAGAUUUAAUUGACGGUCGCUAAUUGAGAUUCGGCGAGCCAACGCUAAGCAGGGUUAAGGAUUUGAUGCAUGUCUCUAGAAAAUCUAAAACGGUGUCCCAACCAGCCAUGCCUCCCAAUUUUUAGGGGAUACACGUUGACCGGCACAACUUUUAAGAAAAAUAGUUGAAAUUAUAUGAUAAUGAAGUAAGUGGAACAGUUGCACACACUAGGUGUACAUUAAAUUUAUUAUAUAUCGGGAUAACUUUUACCCAAUUUUCGUAAUUUUAUCAUAUUUUGAUUAACUUUUAUAUUAUAAACUUAUUUUGAUGGAUAAACAUUUUAAAGGGUUACAUAAUUA